GACGCCUGCGGUGCGGGAUUCCCGGCAGAGGCAGCGGGUGCAAAGCCCGGCGGGCUGAGGGGAGGUGACGGGCCGCAGAAGGUGGCGCUGGCGGCUCCCGGAGGCCCCAGUUCCCUUAGGACGGGGGCCAGGUGGACCUCACCUCUGGCUUCUCCAGCAUGCGUGGGCACCCGGGGGGCGGCUGCGGGCGCGGGGCCUAGGGAUGAUCUUCCCGGUCGCCCGCUGCGCGCUCCGCUGGCUGAAACGGCCGGGAGCCCGCACCUUGUCCCGCGCUGCCAUGGAGGUGGCCUUCCGAGGCGUGCGGAAAAUUCUCUGUGUGGCCGAGAAAAACGACGCGGCCAAGGGGAUCGCCGACCUGCUGUCCAACGGUCGCAUGAGGCGGAGGGAAGGAUUUUCAAAAUUCAACAAGAUCUAUGAAUUUGAUUAUCAUCUAUAUGGCCAGAAUGUUACCAUGAUAAUGACUUCAGUUUCUGGACAUUUGCUGGCCCAUGAUUUCCAGAUGCAGUUUCGCAAAUGGCAGAGCUGCAAUCCCCUUGUCCUCUUUGAAGCAGAAAUUGAAAAGUACUGCCCAGAGAAUUUUGUAGACAUCAAGAAAACUCUGGAACGAGAGACUCGGCAGUGCCAGGCCCUGGUGAUCUGGACCGACUGUGAUAGAGAAGGUGAAAAUAUCGGGUUUGAAAUUAUCCAUGUAUGCAGGGCCGUGAAGCCCAGUCUCCCGGUGCUGAGAGCCCGUUUCUCUGAGAUCACCCCCCGAGCCGUCCGGGCGGCCUGUGAAAACCUGACCGAGCCCGAUCAGAGAGUGAGCGAUGCCGUGGACGUGAGGCAGGAGCUGGACCUGAGGAUUGGAGCUGCCUUCACUAGGUUCCAAACCCUGAGGCUUCAGAGGAUUUUUCCAGAAGUGUUGGCAGAGCAGCUGAUCAGUUACGGCAGCUGCCAGUUCCCGACCCUGGGGUUCGUGGUGGAGAGGUUCAAAGCCAUUCAGGCUUUUGUGCCAGAAACCUUCCACAAAAUUAAAGUAACUCAUGACCACAAAGAUGGAGUCGUAGAUUUCAACUGGAAAAGGCAUCGUCUCUUUAACCACACGGCUUGUCUUGUCCUCUACCAGCUGUGCAUGGAGGAUCCCAGGGCAACCGUGGUGGAGGUCAGGUCUAAGGCAAAGAGCAAGUGGAGGCCUCAAGCGUUGGACACUGUGGAGCUUGAGAAGCUGGCUUCUCGAAAGUUGAGAAUAAAUGCUAAAGAAACCAUGAGGAUUGCCGAAAAGCUCUACACUCAAGGGUACAUCAGCUAUCCUCGUACUGAAACAAACAUCUUCCCCAAAGACUUGAACCUGACCAUGCUGGUGGAGCAGCAGACCCUGGAUCCACGCUGGGGGGCCUUCGCCCAGAGCAUUCUAGAGCGGGGUGGCCCCACUCCACGCAACGGGAACAAGUCUGACCAAGCUCACCCUCCCAUCCACCCCACCAAAUACACCGACAGCUUGCAGGGGGAUGAGCAGCGACUGUACGAGUUCAUUGUGCGGCAUUUCCUGGCUUGCUGCUCCCAGGAUGCUCAGGGACAGGAGACCACCGUGGAGAUUGACAUUGCGCAGGAACGCUUCGUGGCCCAUGGCCUCAUGAUUUUGGCCCGAAACUAUCUGGACGUGUACCCAUAUGACCACUGGAGUGACAAGACCCUCCCUGUCUACGAGAGAGGUGCCUGCUUCCAGCCCAGCACUGUGGAGAUGGUGGACGGGGAGACCAGCCCACCCCAGCUGCUCACCGAAGCCGACCUCAUCGCCCUCAUGGAAAAGCACGGCAUUGGGACUGAUGCCACCCACGCGGAGCACAUCGAGACAAUCAAAGCCCGGAUGUAUGUCGGGCUCACGGCAGACAAGCGGUUCCUCCCAGGGCAUCUGGGCAUGGGGCUCGUGGAAGGUUAUGACUCCAUGGGCUAUGAGAUGUCCAAGCCUGACCUUCGGGCCGAGCUGGAAGCUGACCUGAAGCUGAUCUGUGAAGGCAAGAAGGACAAGUGGGUGGUUCUAAGGCAGCAAGUCCAGAAAUACAAGGAGGUUUUCGUUGAAGCGGUGGCCAAAGCUAAGAAAUUGGAUGAGGCAUUAGCCCAGUACUUUGGGGAAGGGGCAGAGGUGGCCCAGCAAGAAGCCAUCUACCCGAGCAUGCCAGAGCCCAUCACGAAGUGUCCACAGUGCAACAAGGACAUGGUCCUCAGGACCAAGAAGAAUGGCGGGUUCUACCUCAGCUGCACGGGCUUCCCAGAAUGCCGAUCGGCCAUGUGGUUCCCGGACUCUGUGCUGGAGGCCAGCAGGGACGAGAGUGUGUGUCCAGUGUGUCAGCCGCACCCUGUUUACAGGUUGAAGUUAAAGUUUAAACGCGGCAGCCUUCCCCCGACCAUGCCCCUGGAGUUUGUCGGCUGCAUCGGCGGAUGUGACGAGACGCUGCGGGAGAUCUUGGACCUGAGGUUCUCACGGGGCCCCCCCAGAGCUUCCCAGCCAGCCAGCCAGCCCUCUAACUACCUGCAGGCUAGCCAGUCCCUGAAUAGAAUGGCCAGCGCCCCCCGGAUGCUGCCCCCACCCACCGCCGCCGCCGAGGGCAGCAACUCGGUGACCUGCAACUGCGGCCAGGAGGCCGUGCUGCUCACCGUGCGGAAGGAGGGCCCCAACCAGGGCCGCCAGUUCUAUAAGUGCCACGGCGGCGGCUGCAGCUUCUUCCUGUGGGCCGACAGCAGCCCCUCGGAAGCCGGGGGGCCGCCCUCCUCCACGUCGAGACCCACCGGCGGCUUGCUGGGCCGCCCGCCCGCCACAGGGGACCGCCGGGGCGGGUCCGGCCGACCCGGAGAUGAGGACGGCGGCGGGGGCAUGUCCUGCCUGUGCAGCCAGCCCACCGUCACCCGCACUGUGCAGAAGGACGGGCCCAACAAGGGCCGCCGGUUCCACACGUGCGCCAAGCCCAGAGAGCAGCAGUGCGGCUUCUUCCAGUGGGUGGACGAGAACGUGGCCCCAGGGACUUUCGGAGCCCUGACCUGGCCAAGAGGCAGAGAAAGAACCCAGGGGCCAGAGGCCAGAAGCAAAAGAGCCCGGGCCAGUUCCACAGACACGGGGUCCACGCCCAAGAAAUCCCGGAAAUGCAGCCUUUGCCACCAGCCCGGACACACCCGUCCCUUCUGUCCCCAGAACAGAUGAGGCAGGGGAGUGGAGGGAGGGCUGCUUCCUCAGACCUGCCCCUUUCCUCUCGGGAAUAAGCUGUUUUCACUAGGACCUUCCCUGCCCUGUGGAGGUCUUGAGGAAAGCGGUGGCUUCUGGAGCCUGGCCUAGCUGUGCUCGGGAGUCAGGAUCCAGACCGCUUUCUGGAGAAGUCCAUCUCGGGUGGACAGUAACCCCCGGCCUGGGGCUUCUCACUGCUGGUGCUGCGGAGCAUUUAGCAGCGGGGUGGGUGCAUCCUGCGCUGUGGCCUCCGGGGCUUUCUUCCCUUCUGGAAAGUCCCCUCGAGGGACCAGCACUCCUGUUCCAGGCUCCGGGCAGCCUGGACAGGGCUCCGCUCGCGGACGUUCUGAGAAAGGAGGGUGUAAUGCAAGAACAUGGCUCUUGUUCUAAAAUUGUGUCUAUCGAAGAAGCUUUGUUUGUCUUUAUCGAGACGCCGCUGCGGCCGGGACACCCCACGGCUCGUGUGCCUUAAUAAAGAAUCCUGUCCCUCUGCUCUGGUGGGUGUGGUGCACUGGUGACCGAUGGCAGAAGCGGCGGCCUCGGACCCCAGCCAGGGCUCGAGGGACCUCUCACCGACCUCUGGCCCUCUUGGCCUCUCCUCCCAGCCCCACGAACAGCUUGCCCCGCAGAGCAGAGCGGAGAGGCCAUAUGAGAUGCAGAAUGCUUCCACUCUGUGCAGGGGUGGCCUCGUCCCUUGUGUGUCUUUACAAAACCCUGUGAAUGAUACGUAACCAUGUGGCUUUAUUUUGCUGGUUAGGAGAUCAACAGGAAUGGGUGUGAGUUGCCAGGAGUUGCGUUGCUGGCUGCUGAAGAAAUGAACAGUCCUCACUCUUGGACUCCUGGCUCCAUACCCUCCAGUUACACCAGUUGCUCGUGGAGCAUCUGAACAGUGGGGUGGGUCACGGCCCUGCCUUUGUGUUUUCGUCCCCAGCCCCCCAGCCCUUGGCAGCCACCAGUCUGCUUUCUGUCUUGGUGGCUUUACCUCUUUGGAACAGUCCCUGUAAAUGGAAUCACAGAGCCUGUGACCUGCCGUCUGGCUUCUCUGCCUUCGCGUAUCGUCUGCAAGGCUCACCCAUGAGCGCGUGUCAGCAUGUGAUUCGUCUGUGUGACUGAGCGAUACUCCAUCCUGUGGAUGAACCACAUCAUGUCCAUCCGGUCAGCUGAUGGGCAUUUGCGUUGUUCCCACAUUUUGGCUGUUGGGAACGGUGCUCAUAGAAACUCACGUACAAGAUUUGAACACCUGUCUUCAAUUUUGGGGGGUACAUACUUGGGACCAGGUCUGCCGGCUCUUAUGGGAAUUCUGGGUGACCUGUUUUCCCCAGCAGCUGCCCUGUUUCUCGUUCCCACCGGCAACACACGAGGGCUCUCCACCUCCUCGCCAAUGUGUAUUUUCCUUUAUUUAUUUUUAUUAUGGCCAUCCUAAGGAGUGUGAAGUGUUCUCUCAUUGUGGUUCUGACUCGCAUCUUCCUAAUGACCAUGGAUGCCGAGCAUCUUUUCACUUGCCUAUGGGCCACUUGCAUAUCUUUGGAGAAAUGUCUGUUCGAGUCUUUAGCCCAUUUUUCAAGUGGGUUUUGUUGCUGAGCUAUAGGAGUUCCUUAGAGAUUCCGGAUUUUAGACGGAUUUGUGGAUUUUAAUCUUUCCACAGGUAACUCCCGUGUGUGCCAAGACCAAAAGCUAUUUGGGUGGAUUGUACCAAGGUUAGACCUGGCUCGGGUCCUGCACCUUAACCGCUGAGCCUGAGCAGCCCCAUUUGUAACAGGCUCUGGGCAGAAGGUUGCAGCCAGGCCGGAUGGCAGUGAGAAAUUCCCGAGCAGAACCCGUGAGGGAGUUUUCCAGGUGUCUCGAUGGCCCGCUCAGGCUAGCAGAGUUCAGGUGAUGAGAAAUUGAACUUUCCCCACCUAACUGUGACUGGAAAGGUGUGACCCCUGAAAUGACCCCCGUCUGCAGCUUGUGCAGUGCAGGACCAAGGUGAAAACGACCCCAACUUCCUGAGCACUAGACCAGGUGGGUCAUCCACGUUUCUCAUCCAGCCUCCCCGCAAGGCAGCGCCUGCGACCCGUCUGCUAGUGGAGACUGAGGCUCAGACGGGGAAAUGCUUUCCCCUAUAAGCAGCCAAGCUGGAAUUGGAGUCUGCCGCCAUGCCUACACCUCAAAGCUCUGGGAGAACCCACGCCGAGGUGAAGGACCGAUCGAACACGCUCGAGAGUCUGGCCUUCCCACCAGCCUGAAGGCCCGGCCCCAUAAACUAAGUUGUCUCGGGAAAUCGGCAGCCGUGCAGAAAGGGCCCAAAACAGCCUUCCCGGAACCAUUCCUGUUGGUCUCUGGAAUACACCCUGGGCCUCGUCCACUGCAGCCUUACUAGCUUCCGUGAAUCUAGUGCCUCCAAAUUGUAAUGGUGCUGGGUUGUUUUUAUUGUAAUAUCUUUAUUUUUCUGAUUACAGAAGUGUACUUCUGAAAAAUGCCAAUGUGUAAGCCAGUGGUGAUGGACCAGGUUGAGGGCCCUCGUUUUAGGGAGAACAGGACAGAGGUAGAGCAGUGGCCUCGGACGGCAGGCUGUUGGGUGAGGCUUCCAGGCCCCGCCCCGGCCCCUGGGCCCCACGCCCUCCUGGGCCCCGCCAGCCACAUAAAUGGCCAGCCACCUAAGUCGCUGUCUGAAGGGGAAGGGCCGUUUGCUACCGAAACUCAGGAAGUCCUUUCCUCGUCUGCUUGGGACACCAGCUCAGAGGCACCUGUUCUCCUGGUAGAUUCUGGCCCCCGAGGCAACCAGGUGGCUCCUCGGCUGACUCCAGGGAGUCAGCCCGACUCGGUGCACUCCAGGCAGGUGUGGCGAGCCGGAGACAGCAGGCACAGCUCCCGGGAGUGUGCCUCGAUUUCCACUGUCCGCUGCAAAUCGUAAAGUCUCCGGAAAGGGGGUUAGGAGCCCACAGCCGUGGGGCAGUGGGGCCGGGAUGGGGGUGGAUGCGUGCCCCCCUGGGCUCCCGCCUCCCAGACGCACCUGUUCGCCCCUUCCUGCCCACCCGGGGCUCUGGGCUGGUUUUCUGGCCUGCUAACCGAAGUCCUUCCAGAAUGCAGUUUGGCAGCUUCCUCAGAGUCGGAACACUGAAUACUUUCCACUCCCAGGAAUGUCCCAUGCCGCAGUAUGCAUGCGCAGAGACUUUCUUCAGGGUGUGUUGGCUUAAGUACAGUUUGCCCCCUGCUUAUCUUUGGGGGAUACGUCCCAAGACCCCCCAGCGGUUGCCUAAAACCACAGAUAGUACCAAACCCUACAUACGCUGUUUUACUAUGUCUUUUCCUAUACCUACAUAUGAAUGAGUUUAAUUUCUAAAUUAGGCGCAGUAAGAAAUUCACAAUAACUGGACGCCUGGGUGGCUCAGUUGGUUAAGCGACUGCCUUCGGCUCAGGUCAUGAUCCUGGAGUCCCUGGAUCGAGUCCCGCAUCGGGCUCCCUGGUCGGCGGGGAGUCUGCUUCUCCCUCUGACCCUCCCGACCCUCCCCCCUCUCAUGCUCUGUCUCUCUCUCAAAUAAAUAAAAUCUUAAAAAAAAAAAAAUUCACAAUAACUAAUAGAACCGUAACGAUAUAUUGUAAUAAAACAUACGUAAAUGUA